AUGUCUUUAAGAUUAGGUUCAACUGCUCCAGAUUUCAAAGCUGAUUCAUCAAAUGGUCCAAUUUCAUUCCAUGAUUACAUUGGUGAUUCAUGGGCUGUUUUAUUCUCCCACCCUGAUGAUUUCACUCCAGUUUGUACUACUGAAUUAGGUGCUUUCGCUAAAUUAGAACCAGAAUUCACUAAAAGAGGUGUUAAAUUAAUUGGUUUAUCUGCCAAUGGUACCGAAUCACACAAAGCUUGGAUUAAAGAUAUUGAUGAAGUUACUGGUUCAAAAUUAUCAUUCCCAAUCAUUGCUGAUCCAGAAAGAAAAGUCGCUACUUUAUAUGAUAUGAUUGAUUACCAAGAUGCUACUAAUGUUGAUAACAAAGGUCUUCAAAUGACCAUCAGAUCUGUUUUCAUCAUUGACCCAAAGAAAACCAUCAGAUUAAUUAUUUCUUACCCAGCUGCUGUUGGUAGAAACUCCGCUGAAGUUUUAAGAACUGUUGAUGCUUUACAAUUAGGUGAUAAACACAGAGUUACUACUCCAAUCAAUUGGGUUCCAGGUGAUGAUGUUAUUGUUCAUCCAUCAGUCUCAAAUGAAGAAGCUAAAUCUUUAUUCCCUAACUUCAGAAUCAUUAAACCUUACUUACGUUUAACUCCUUUAAAACCUGAAGAAAAAUAA